AUGAAUCGUGGUUCUGUAAUAUUGGGUAUGAAUCGUGGUUCUGUAAUGUUGGGUAUGAAUCGUGGAAUUCCUGAUCAGACGACAAUUGCCGUAUCAAUGAAUCCGAUUCUUUUGAAACUUCGACAACGGCGGCAAGAUCACAGCGAAGCGUUGAAUGCUCGUGAAGCAGAACUGCAAAAAGCGAACGAUCAGAUUGAAGAAAAUAAGGAAAUGCUUGAUAAACUGAUGAUGGAAGAGCCGAACACCAAGGAACGCUUCCAGCUAUAUCAGGAUAUGCGAGCCUACAUCAAAGAUUUGUUGGAAUGCUUGUCUGAAAAAGUGAGUAUCUUUAGAAAAAUAAAAAACGAAGUUAGGAAAAAAGAACGAAGUUAG